AUGCCUUGGUCAACUUCCCUCCCCCAGGGAAUCCUCAGCUCGCCCCUCCUGUCCAUUGGGGCACCCACCGCCGGCGGACUCUUAGUCGGAUACCUCGUCAACCGUGGAGGACGAACAAAAGGAAUCUACCACUCGCUAAAGCAACCUCCCUACCAUCCCCCGGCAUGGCUCUUUCCCCCCGUCUGGUCCCUCCUAUACACCACGAUGGGGUACGCCGCGUACCACGCAAACGCGACCACCUUUGAUGACUCGUGGCAGCCCCUGUACGGAGCACAGCUGGCACUCAACUACCUGUGGAUGCCGCUGUUCUUUGGACUGCGCAAGCCGGCCUGGGCGCUCGCGGACCUGACACUCUUGGGAGGGACCGUGGCGUCGUUGAUGAGUGGGUGGUGGGAGACUGAUCGCACGGCGUUUUGGUUUAUGGUGCCGUAUGCGGCGUGGUUGGGAUACGCGACGUAUUUGAAUGUUGGCGUUGGGGUGUUGAAUAAGUGGAAAAUUGGGGGUGGGCAGAAGAAGGGGGAGUGA